AUGGACCAGGUGUGGGGGCCUGCGAACACGGAAAUGCAGGAGCUCUCCGACCUCGAGAGUGAUCUCAAGGUCUUCUUUGCUAAGCACAAGAACGUGCGCCAGAACACGCAGAAGCUGCACGAAGACAUGCGCAUCCACGUGCUGGAGCAAAUGACGGAGAUAGAGGGGCUGCGCCAGAAUGCGGAAAAUAGCCAAAAGGCUAUAAAGCACUCGGAGACCCGCCCAAAUGAAAAAACUGCCAAGCACUCCACCUUCGACGACCUAUCCGCCAACGUCCAAGUGCUGGAGGCGGAGAACGAAUCCCUCAAGGCCUUUAUUAAACAAUCCUCCGAGAAGGAGAAUUUGGUGAGGAAGGAGCUCUCAGAAAAGCACGCCCGCGACAUGGCGGAACUCACUGACAAACUGAAGAAGAGCCAGCAAAGGGUAACAUCCUUAGUGGCCAAAAAUAAGGUUCAAGAAGCGGAGGCGGAGGCUAUUGACAAGAUGAUCUUCCCGAGCCUUGGCUUUGAGUGGACCAAGGAGUCAGCCCUCAAGAGGACGGAGGCAUACGAUGAAGCGCGUAGUUCCAUUGAUGAGCUGUUCGCAGCGUGUCGCGGAAUUGCCAAGACCCUGUCUUUAAAGAGAGCCAAGACCACAGUGAUUGACACUAUGUCGAAGCUAAUGAAGUAGGUGCCGGAGUUCAUCAAAGACUGGCAAGAGUCUUCUGCUCGCGGAGUUGCCUCCCUUGUCUUAGCCACCUGCAAGGCGCACUUCUCCACUAUGAACUUCGCAGAUGUUGCGUGCGACACCCCUAAGGGUGCCAACAUGCGCUCCAUUC